AUGGACGACGACGAUAUCCAAUUCGACCCGGACUUACCCAUUACCCAACCCGAAAACAACAACAACAACGCCCACGCCCACCAUGCUCAAAAUAACAAUCGCCAAAACCCUGAAGACGCCCUUUCACCCCUCGAACAGGAAGUUCUCGAUGAGUAUGCGAGGCUGGUGGGGAAUCUUGAUGAUCUAGCGGGUGUGUUAAACGACCUGGCGAGUCGUCCCUCGGCGGAGAUUCUGGAUGCGUUGAGGGGGUUGGAGCGGAAGACGAGUACGGUUUUUACGCUGUUGAAGGCGAGUGUUUAUAGUAUUGUGUUGCAGCAGGAGGUGGGGGGUGGGUGA